CCUGCUCAAGGAACAAAUAUCACAUGCGUGUAGUGAAGUCUGAGAGACAAUGCAUGCAGUGCAAUGGAAUCGCUGUCUGUGUAUCACGGGGCCAUCAGCCGAGAGACGUGCGAGAAGCGUCUGUGUGAAGCGGGCAAAGACGGCAGCUAUUUAAUUCGAGACAGUGAGAGCGUUCAAGGCGCAUACUGCCUCUGCGUUCUGUGUAAUGGUUUCGUCUACACGUACCGGCUCCAGAGAGACGCGGCGGGCUCCUGGGCGGCCGAGACAGCACCAGGUCAGAAUAAACGCUUGUUCAGAAAAGUCAAGAAUCUGAUCAGCGCCUUUGAGAAACCGGACCAGGGCAUCGCCGUGCCCCUCCUGUACCCCGUGACUGUCCAGAAGCCCUGCUAGAAGGAUCCUCAUGACCAUCCGCCGCAGACCUCCAAAACAAACUACAAGCAUGUGGACAUAUAUCAUUAUAUGAUAAUACUUUUUUACACAUGUGGAUUUCUGUACAUAUGAAAGGAUUUGUAUAAAAGGAAAAAACAAAAA